CGACAAGAUGACAAUUCAUAUUUUUACCAAAGGAUCCAGUGAGUCAUCCUAUUAACUCCGCUGAAAUACAUGCUUGCCAAUCGUCCAGCCACGUUAUUCAACGGACAUCACAAUGACUGAGGACUCAGACCACAGGUUCAGUAGUCUCACCUGGGAUCAGAUUAAAAUCCUGGACCAAGUUUUAGCUGAGGUCAUACCUAUUCAUGGGAGAGGAAAUUUUCCAACACUGGAUGUAAAGCUGAAGGAUAUUAUCCAUGUGGUAAAGGAGCAACUCGUUGAAAAGCGAAUCAACGUUAGAGAUAUCCGCCUGAAUGGCUCGACGGCCAGUCACAUCCUAGUAAAGCAGAAUGGAACCAGUUACAAGGACCUAGACAUCAUUUUUGGGGUAGAACUUCCAAGUGAGCUCGAGUUCCAGGUUGUUAAGGAAGCAGUUCUUAAUUGCCUGUUGGACUUCUUGCCAAAAUGUGUUAAUAAGGAAAAAAUCACUGCUCAGACCAUGAAAGAUGCUUAUGUGCAGAAGAUGGUCAAAGUCUCCACUGACCAUGAUCGCUGGAGUCUCAUCUCGCUGUCAAACAACAGCGGCAAGAAUGUAGAAUUAAAGUUCGUCAGCUCGCUCAGACGGCAGUUUGAGUUUAGCGUGGACUCCUUCCAAAUCAUACUGGACUCCAUACUGAAUGUUUACAGAGCAGCAGACUCCAAACUGACAGAAGACUCUUACCCCACUGUCAUCGCCGAGAGUAUGUAUGGGAACUUCAAUGAAGCAAUGAACCACUUAAAAUACAAACUGAUUUCCACAAGGAACCCGGAGGAAAUCCGAGGAGGCGGGCUCCUGAAGUACAGCAAUCUCCUGGUUCGCGACUUUAAGCCAGCAGACGAGGCUGAAAUUAAAUCUCUGGAACGUUACAUGUGCUCCAGGUUCUUCAUUGAUUUUCCAGAUGUUGCUGAGCAGCAAAGGAAAAUUGAGUCAUACCUGCGCAACCACUUCAUCGGGGAAGAGAAAAGCAAGUAUGACUACUUGAUGACUCUGCGUGGAGUUGUAAACAAGAGCACAGUCUGUCUCAUGGGGCACGAACGAAGACAAACGCUGAACAUGAUCACAAUUCUGGCUUUAAAAGUACUCGGAGAACAAAAUAUCAUCCCCAACGCGGCCAAUGUAACGUGCUAUUAUCAGCCUGCUCCGUAUAUCAGUGACAGAAACUUCAGCAAUUACUACAUUGCUCACGGACAACCACCUGUCAUCUACCAGCCAUACCCAUUUCACAUACAAGUGCAAAGCGGCAUGGUUUAGGAACACAAUCACCUCCUCAGUACUUACACACCUCUCUCUUUCCAGUUCUCUCCAUAAUAAAGGCCUCAUUAAA